AUGUCCGGCCUCGCCGGCGGUAGAAUCACCGUCUCCGCCGGCGCGAACACUUUAGGGCAACACUCGCAAGAGAAAAACGCGGACGCGACCAUGUACGUCGGGAAUUUGGAUCCGCAAAUGGAUGAGCAACUCCUUUGGGAACUCUUCGUCUAA